AUGGGCAAUUCAGAAGGUGGACUACGCAUUGUCGAAAAUUCCGAUUUACUCUACGAGUAUAACAAAAAUGUUCGACCAGCGGUUAUAUCUUUUUCACUGGGUCUUGAUUAUCCUGCAAGUUGUCCGAAUCUUCUUGCUGGCUUCAUUCAUAUCAAACCGAAUGAUUCUUUCAAACAAGACAGUAUUCUCACAUGCACUCCACUAUGUUUAUACGUUAUUCGAGGUCGUGGUACAACAAAGAUUGCUGAUGAAGGCCAAGUAGAUUGGUCCGAAGAUGAUCUAUUAGUCGUUCCUUAUCAAACACAAGCACUCAAUCAUUUUGCACACGAAGAUACGGCCUUCUAUUAUGUACAUGAUGAGCCUCUUCUCAAGUAUCUUCGGGCAAAGCCAGCUGAGAAAGCUUUUACAACGACUAUUUUUCGAAGUCAUGUUCUACGAGAGAAAGUAGAAAGCAUUCGAGAAAAACCAGGUAGUGAACACGCGAAUCGACUUGGUACAUUAAUCGGAAAUCCAGAUAUAAGUGAAACAAAGUCUUUAACACAUACAUUAUGGGCAUUAAUGAAUGUUCUACCAGCGAAUUCAUUGCAAAAACCACAUCGUCAUAAUGCCGUAGCAUUGGAUUUGGUUACAUAUGCACCUAAAGGAAAGUGUUAUACACUGAUUGGUUAUGAUCUAAAUGAAGAUGGUACCAUUCGUUCACCGACUCGAUUAGAAUGGAAAUCAGGUAGUGCAUUUACAACUCCUCUUGGCAUGUGGCAUUCGCAUCACAAUGAAUCGACAGAUGAAGAUGCUUGGAUUUUGCCAAUGCAAGAUGCUGGUCUAUCUAAAUUGGAAAUAUUACCAAACGAAAUAUUUUUUAAUAUAUUUUCUCAUUUAUUAUGGAACGAUAUAUUAACAUCAUUUUGGUUAUUAAAUAAACGAUUUAAUUCGCUUAUUUAUUUAAACUUUUCAAUAAAUAAUUGUGGAAUUAUUAUUAAUAAAACAAGUUUAUCUUAUAAAAUAUUUUUAUCAAAAUUAUUUCCAUUAAUUUCUAAUUGUUCGUCUCUGAUUAAUUCUAUUCGACAUAUUCAUUUGGAUGGAACAUGUCCACAUAGUUAUGAUUUUUUUAAUAAGAAUCAUUGUAUUCAGAAUUAUCCUAAUCUUAAAUCACUUAUUCUUGAUCAAUUUUAUUUAUCUAAAGUAUUAAUUAAUAAUUUGUGUUUUCUUAUUACAGGCCGAUUGAACGAACUUACAAUGAUCUUAGAUGAAGAUGUUUUUACAGUAUUUGAAUUGGAAAAGGAACCUUUGGAAAGGGCUGCCACUCAAAUAAGAAAUCAAUUAAUGUUCAAGGAUCUGUUAUGUGGUAUAUUCUCUGAAACAUGUAAAUUAAUUAAUCUUCGACUUGAUAUUCCCUGCAAUCAAUCUUAUUUGAUUAUUCACGAUUGUUUAUCGUUUUCUUAUCAUGCUUCAAUUCCACGUUUUUUCAAAGAACAAUAUUGCUGUAGAAAACUUCGUUAUGUAGAGAUUCACCUACAUUAUGCAUGUUUUAUUGAAUAUAUUAUUGAACAUGCACGUAAUAUUGAACGAUUAUUGGUUUGUCUCAAGACAUCAUGGAACAGAUAUCAAUUAUCGGAUUUGGCAAGUGAAAAAUUUGAACAAUCGAAUACAAUCUCGUCUAAUAAAAAAUUCCGAGCAGAAAAAUUAAAAUAUCUUAUAUUAAAGAGUACGGUUGAGUAUGAUGGUCAAUUAUAUUAUUUAAAAUGGUUUUUUAAUAAUUUAAAUAGUGUUGAAAAGAUCAAAAUUCGUCUUAAGAUCGAUGGAACUUGUGAGAAAAAUCCAAUAAUAUAUGGAUCUAUUGUUGAUGCAAACUUUAUUCGGAAAUAUUUAAUGAAUGAUCGAAUAAUUAAUUUAAUUCAUUUUGAUUUUUAUAUUGUUUCCAAAUCAUACUAUGAAAGAUUCGUCGAUCAAAAUACAGAACGUGCAAAAAUCCUUGCUCGUAUUAUUUCAAUGCCCAUUCAACUCAAUUAUCUUCGGAUCGAAAAUUUUCAAUGGCUUUUACAUCUUGUUGAAUACGCGUUUGAUGAAUUAAAAGAAAAUGCAUUAAGCAACGUGAGAUACACGGAAUUUUCUCUUCCAAGUUGUCGUCGUGGCACAAAUGAAUCAGUUCAUCUUGGAAAAUAUCUUGUACCUUUUCUUAGUAAACAUAUGCCUUAUCUACAAACAUUGUGUCUUUGGAAACCAGAUGAUUUUCCUUGGUCAUCAAUUCGACCAGAUUUUAAUCGAGCACGUUAUGAACUUUUAGCUCGACAAUGGUCAAAAUCUUUAAAAACAGUUGAAUCGAUUAAUAAACAUGUAACUCUUUUUGAAAAUGAUCUUUCUCAAUUAGUCGAACAAUUGAAACAAUUUGUUUAUCUGAAUAUUUAUGGCCAUAUCAUUGAUGAAAAAGUCGAACCUUAUCGAUUGAUGAUUCAAAAACGUUUUCCUAAUACUUAUUUCUCUAUUGAAAAAUCGAGAUUUCGUCUUUGGAUAUAA